AUGCCGGCCCUCACACAUGGGAACCUUUCAGCGACGCCUCUGCAGGACUUCGUGCUGGUGGGAUUCGAGGGGGGCCCGGAGACCCAGGCCCUACUCUUUGCUGUCAUCCUGGCCCUGUACACGGUGACCGUCCUGGGGAACCUCACCAUGAUCGUGGUCAUCACCCUGGAUGCCCACCUGCACUCCCCCAUGUACUUCUUCCUCCGGAACCUGUCCUUCCUGGACCUGUGCUAUUCAUCUGCCAUCGCCCCCCAAACCCUGGCCAACUUCUUCUCCUCUUCCAAGGCCAUCACCUUUGCAUGCUGUGCCUCCCAGUUCUUCUUCUUCUCCUUUUUUGGUACCACUGAGGUUUUGCUCCUGGCCGUGAUGGCCUAUGACCGCUUCAUGGCCAUCUGCAGUCCCCUGCGCUACCCUGUAACCAUGUGUCCCUCAGUCUGUGCCCGCCUGGUGCUGGUCUGCUACUGCGGAGGCCUCUUCAACACCAGCAUGCAGACCAGCUUCACGUUCAGCCUCCCCUUCUGCGGCUCCAACCGCAUCAACCACUUCUUCUGUGACGUGCCCCCCCUGCUCCAGCUGGCCUGCACCGACACAGCCCUCAAUGAGCUGGUGAUGUUUGGCCUCUGUGGGCUCUUCAUUGUGGGCACCAUGGCUGUGAUCCUCAUCUCCUAUGGCUACAUCACCGUGACCAUCCUCAGGAUGCACUCGGGCACGGGCCGGCACAAGCUCUUUUCCACCUGUGGCUCCCACAUGACGGCCGUGGCCCUCUUCUAUGGCACUGCCUUUGUCAUGUAUGCCCAGCCGGGGGCCGUGGAGUCCAUGGACCAGGGCAAGGUGAUCUCCGUGUUCUACACGCUGGUCAUCCCGAUGCUCAACCCCCUCAUCUACAGUCUGCGGAACAAGGACGUGAAGGAGGCCCUUCGGCGCCUGGGGCAGAAGCACACCGGGCCCUGA